UGAGGACUGUGUAAAAGUUGUUCCAAGUUGCAUCUGGACGCUUCGUCUGUGGAUCAUCCCCCGAUGCUACCAUACGCGGCUUUUCGGCGUUGCCAUUGGCGCAUCCGCCGGCCUCAGCAUACCUUGGCAAGGCUGGCCCAUCCUCGAGCGGCUUCCAUUUACCACUUCAUUUAAAAGCCUCAACCUUGGAGGAGGACGCGGUGAUGUUGGCAGGAGGGUCCCAUUGUCGUCGAGGUUUCCUAGGUUCCAGCCUUCACCGUGGCGUGACUGUUUGUGCAAGGGCUCCGGCCAUCAAGGCAGCCACCCAUUCUUCCCGCAGCUCCGCAAGCCGAACUGUGGGCAGCGCUCUGGUUGGCUGCGGCCCUGCAGUAGCUCCAGCCAUCCCAAGUAUUCGCACCCGUAACAACAGCACAAACCGCAGUUCUGCUUUCUGCAGCCCAGCUCCUCCCUCCCCUGCGACUCAAACAUGGCGUCCUAUUGCAUUGUUAGCAGUCUUUGCGAAUGACCGGGCGCAUAUCACGGCAGCUGGUGCGCACAUCCUCCGAUAUCCCCAGAGAUGUCACGCUGGACGUGCCGGCUUCGCUACUUCCGCGUCGAGAAGAGGAGAGGCGUCUAUCACACCGGAAGCGGCGGCCUACUGGAAGCAGAUCAUGGCUGGAGUAGACAAGCCGCAUCUGAGCAGCCUGGUGGGCUCUCUGGACUGGGAGCACCCGCUGGGGUUGAGCGCGGCGCGCGCCAAGGGGCAUGUGCAGUGCUACAACGACUUCCUGGCCGCCAAGAAGAAGCACCCCACUGCGGUGGUGCUAGUCAGGAUCGGUGACUUCUACGAGGCGGUGGGCUACGACGCGCUGCUGCUGUGCCAGCUGUGCGGCCUGAACCCCAUGUCGCCGCACCUGGGGCUGGCGCUGGCGGGCUUCCCCAAGCUGGCCCGCAGCCUCCGGCGCUACCUCAACCUCCUCAUCGAGCAGGGCUUCGCGGUGGCCAUGGUGGAGGAGGUGGGCACCCUCUCCACCCCCUCCCGGCAGAGCAAGCAGCGCAAGCUGGUGAGCCUGGUGUCCGCCUCCUCGCCCUACUACGUGUACGGAAGUGUGGAGGACGAGUGCGGCGGGGACGACACGCCGCUGCCCAAGCCCAUUGUGGGUGUGAGUGUGCCCGGCGGCGGCGGCUUCCGCCUGCUGCAGUACUGGCCGCAGCGCCGCGCCGUGCUGGUGCGCGGGCAGCUGAGCCUGGAGGCGCUGGUGGCGCACCUGCACGCGGGCGGACUGGCGCCGCCGCUGCACCUGCAUGCCAGCGUGCGGGGGCGCGACAAGGAGGCGGGCAGGGGCAGCUCGGUGGUGCGGACGCUGUCGGCGCUGCUGAGCACCACAGUGGAGCACUACGGCACUCACGGAGGGGUGGCAGGCGGCGCCAGCUGCUGGGUGAAAAGUACGGCAGCAGCGGCGGCAGCCACCGGGGAUGACGUGGAGGGCUUCAAGCUGGUAGUCGCGAGGCAGCUGGGGCUGGACGCGACGGCGGCGGAGCGGAUGGAGGUCCUGGCCCCCCCUCUGCACGACGACACCCCCGUCCCGCCCUCCCUCUCCACCAUCACGCAACUCGGUCUGGCCGGCGCGCGCGGCGUGCCCUCCCUCCUCUCCGCCGCACUGCCCGACGGGACGCCGGCACCCGCGCGAGAGUGGAUGCGCAGGCUGCUGCUGCUGCCGCCGCCGCCGGCGGUGGCGGAGGCCAUCCGAGCCGCCUGCCAUGCGCUAGCCAACCCCGCUGCGGGGGCGCCUGCGCUGCCGCCGCUGGUGACGAGCGUGCCUGGCGCGCGGAUCAGCGCGCUGCUUGGAGAGGGCGUGGCGGGACACAACACGCUGCGGGAGCUGGAGGGCAUGCUCACCCGCGUUGUGGAUCUGCUGCGGCUGCCCGGCCCCGCCGCCGCCGCGCUUCACUCCGCGCUGGGGGGCGUGAUGCGCUGGUCGCUGGCGGCGCACGGCGGGGUGGCGUGGGAGGAGGUGCCGGCGGAGCGGUUCGCGGCGGCGUGCGCGGCGGCGGCGGCGGCGAUCGGAGACGUGGUGCCGCCGCUGGAGGAGCUGGCGGCGGCGGGGCUGGUGGCGCCGGAGGCGGGGGAGGAGAGUGACGCCAGUGCUGACGAGGAGGAGGACUCCGACGCCGCAGCCGCAGCCGCAGCCGCCGGCACCGCCGCCAACCGCACCAGGGCUGCCCCGCCACCCGCGCCCUCACCCGCCGGCCCCGCGCGCCUGCCGGCAGUGUUGCUGCCGUACACCUCCCCUGCCGGCGGCCUGGGCGCGCUGCAGCUGCAGGCGCUGAGUGAGGCGGGGCGGCUGGUCCGGCGGAUGGAGCGGUUCCGGCUGGGCGUGCGGGAUGAGUGCAUGGAGGACAGCAUACGGAGGGUGUCCGCAGCCCGCUCCGCAGUUGUGUGCGCGCUGCUGGACCUGGCGGGCGUGCUGCAGGCCGCGGGGGUGGAAGCGGAGAUGCGCAUGGCGCCGCACGACGACGCGGUGUGGGCCCGGCUGGUGGGGUGGAACGGCAAGAAGCUCUCCGCCGCCCACCAGCGGACCCAGCUGGAGCUGGUGCUGCGCCGCACGGGGCAGCGGCUGCUGCACCCCCUCAACCGCAAGCGCGCAGUGGAGGGGGAGCGGCUGAGCAGCGAGCAGCUGGAGGCGGCGGCGGCGGAGUACCGACUUGCGGUGGAGGCGGCGGAGAAGCAGUCCCGUCACGUGCUGCGGCAGCUCUGCCGGCGGCUGUACGGCGGGGAGGGUGCGGGCGGCCUGGCUGUCGCGGCUGCCGGCGGCGCCCCGGCCGGCCGCAGCCCCUCCCCCCAGCAGCCGCCCCACCUGGUGACGCUGCUGGCCGCCUGCGAGCUGUCCGUGGUGGCCACCGCCCUGGAGAGGCAUGUGGCGCGGACCAAGCAGGCGGGGUGGAACUGGCCCGCCAUGCCGCCGGCUUCCUCCCUCCUCCAUCCCGGCGGCGAGGUGGGUCGCCACGUGGCCCUGCAGCUGCCCGGGCUGUGGCCCUUCUGGAUGGAUCGGCGCCAGGCGGUGGGCAACAGCCUGCAGCUGCGGGCGGGCAGGCUGGCGCUGCUGACUGGGCCCAACAUGGCGGGCAAGUCCACAGUGCUCCGCAGCGUGGCGGCCGCGGCCCUGCUGGCCAUUUGCGGCCUCUCAGUGCCCGCAGGGAGGGGCCUGUCGCAGCCUGCACCGCCUGCACCGCAUGGCCACCAGCAGCAGCAGCAGCAGCAGCAGCAGGAGGGGGUGGGCUCUCGCGAAGGUCAGCUGCAGGGGCCGCCGCCGCCGCCCCCGCUGCAGGCCUCGUGGCUUGCGCACGUGUCGCUGCGCAACUUCAGCGGUGACUCGCCGCUGGAGGGCAAGAGCGCAUUUGCGGUGGAGAUGGAGGACACGGCCCACACUCUGGAAGUGGCUCGGACGCUGGGCCCCCGCUGCCUGGUGCUGCUGGACGAGCUGGGCAAGGGCACGGAGGUGGUGGCGGGCUCGGCGCUGGCGGCGGCGGUCGUACAGGCGCUUGUGGGCGCGGGCGCUGCGGGCGUGUUCGCCACGCACCUGCACGACCUGGUGUACCUGCUGCGGCCGCUGCAGCGGGAGGGGCGGCUGGAGUACUGGGCCAUGGAGGUCGUGAGGCGGCUGGCCGGUCGGCCGCUGGCGCCCGGGCUGCCUCCGCGGCUGCACCCCACCCGCCGCGUGCUGACGGACAACAAGGCGUGUGUGCGCAGCCUGGGCCUGCAGGUGGCCGCCGACUGCGGCAUGCAGCCCGACGUGCUGCGAGCCGCCGUGCUGUUCGAGCAGCGCAUGGCAGACAUGAUGUGGCGCGCCAGGGCGCGGGAGUAUGGGGUCGAGGAGGCGGGAGAAGAUGCAGUAUGGGGCGGCGAGGGAAGCGGCGGCACCGCCGGCGUCACUAUGGGUCGGCAGCCACAGAUGUCACCCCCACUGUCGCAGCCCAUGUCAGAGGGCGUUGUGGAGGUGGGGGCAGCGGAGGGGCUCCUGCGGGAGGAGGCGGCCGCCUGGCGGGAGGAGGAGCAGGAGGCGAUCGCCGUGGCUGCAGACGGCACGGCCGAAGCAACGCGCGCCCAGGGGGCCGCGCAGGCGGAGACGCCUGGGGCAGCCGCAGCGUGGGGGGCCGGUUUGGCGGCCGCAGGUGGUCGGGACGACACCAGCGAGGCGGCUGCGGUUGGGGCCGAACCCGAGCCUUACCAGGGGAUCUCAGGCUGGAAGACGGAACAGCCGCCGGCGCUGGGAGGCGCGCAAGUGGAGGCCGCUGUGUCGGUUGCGGCUGCGGCGGCAGUAGCUGGGCAGGCUGGAGGGAGGGCACAACCUGCGGUGCAGGACGAGGAGGUCGUCACAGUGGGGGCGGCGGAUGUGCUGACGAGCCAAGGCGUCAUCACUGGUGGAGGCGCUGUGGCUGUCAGCCCCGACGGCACGAGCAGCCUGGAUGCUAGCGGGGGGGGCGGCGGCGGCGAGGAGGAGAAGGGUGUGCUGGCAGCGACACCCGCCGCAAUGGCGGCUGCGGAUGGAUUGCAGAAGCUGGACGCUGCUGCCGGGAUGUUGCGAGACGCGGUGCGGGCGGCCAUGGCAAGAGCGGGAUGCCAGCUGGGGCCCGAUUCGGGCGCUCUCGAAUGGUUGCUGCCCGAGUGGCGCCCGGCACCGGGUCACGCGGGCGAGGCGGCGGUGUACGUGCUGCUGCGCUGGGACGGACUGCUGUACGUGGGUGAGAGUGAGGACAUCGGCAAACGUCUGACGCUGCAUCGCAGAAAUGAAACCAAGGAGCGGAAGGCGUUGGGGGGCAUCGUGUCCGCAGCGGUAUCGAGAACCAUCGGCUUUUACGUAUCCAUUCUCCUGUGGCCUUCUCAUACCUUAUUCACGGCAACUCCCGCCGGCUGGUUGGCCCAAACAUGUCGUACGCCCCCCUCCCCGCAGCGAGCAAGAAGCGCAGGGCCACGGCACUGCGCUGCGUGUACAGCUUGCUGCCCCCCCACGCAGGCGGCAAGAGCGCCGCCAAGGACGUGGAGGCGGAGCUGAUCUUGGGGCUGCAGCAGGCGGGCAUCCAGCUGUGGUCCGAUCACGACAAGCGGCGCAGCGCGCGGCACAAGCCGCAGCUGCCCAACUGAGGGGCCAUGACACCUGGUAUCCUUGCUGACGUGAAGGACGCUAGGGUCUCCAGUGUUGAUAAUGACAGGUCGCAAGCUGAUGCUCAGUACCUGCCUUUCAAUGCAGUCAAGAGCUACAAGCAGUUCCGGUAUUGUGGAGGGGAGUUCAGUGGGAGUGCGGAGUUGCAUGCACGUGUUCUGAGUGAUGUUGGGGAGUGGGUGGAGUUGUCACGCGGGGCUGCUAAGAGUCGGGGCACUAGGGGUCACAGUGCUCAGCACGAGGAUGCACAGAUAUUGACGCGCCUGUUGAGCAAGGCUGGUCACCGGGCGUAUGCGGAUUUCAUGGUUGCCAAUGGAAAGAUUGUGAAAGAUGGCCGGGUCUUUUAACCAUGCAUUUCGUGCAAAAUGGAAGGGAUUACCAGCGUAAGGAGGUCGAGGAUCUACGGCACAUGGUAAUGCGGUAUCCAGAAGGGGUGAGGGAUGCAGUUGGCGCAUGUGUGGUGUGAGAUGGUUCUUUGCGAAAAGCGGGUUCGUGGUGAUCCGUUUGGAGUCAGAGGAUGAAGCAUUUGGGCGGCGCCGCAAACGGUGGAGGCGUGCACUGCCACGAGUGGCUGAUACAGAGGACGCACCAGAGGGCGAGGUGGGUGUAGAGGAUGCAGCUGAGGGUGAGGCGGAUCCAGUCGCAGGCAGUGACGCUGGAGAGGGAGGUGGCGUGGAAGGGGCGGCAGCAGUUUAUGGGGCAGAACAAGCCCAUGGGGCAGUACACCACCAGCUAGUACACGCAAUUGCACAUGCUGGCCAGUUGGUAGAGACGGGGGCAAUUCAGUACUGCAUCUGAACAUCUGCAAGCUAUUGUAGGUCUGGCAGCUCCUGCUGCAUACGCACCACAGCCCUAUAUGCUAAUGGGCAUCCUUUUGUGCACGGAGCGCCUGUCCCGUACGAGUUUGAUGUACGGCAGGCACAAAAGUGACCUUGUAACAUAGGAAGAGGCAGGUAAAUUUCACAGGCAUGCAACACUAAGGGUGAGCGGGGGGCUAAUGAGGUACGACAGCGUCCGCCGUUGCCGGAUGUAAAAC